AUGUCGCGCAACUCUGUCGCGAUGGGUUACAAUAGUCGCAUGAGUUCGCAAUUCCAAGGCAACCAACACCAGGGUCGUGGUCGCAAGAAGGAAGAUGAGAACGACGCUCUUAUGCGCUUGCCCGACAAAGAGAUCGCAGGAUGUAUCAACGACAUCGGUAUUCCGUUCACCUUGGCCGACUUGGCGAAGCCCAACGCCCAGCAGAUCCAGAUGGUCUUCGAAUGGUUCGCGGAGCUGCUCAUGAACACCACAAAAGAGACAGUAGAGCCUGCAAUGCAUGCUGCCGCUGAAGAAAUAUGCGGCGAUUAUCCCGACAUUGUCCCCAAUGACACCCGCAAUCUCAUGGGUUUCUUCAUGAUGCUCCGCAAGCUACUGGCAGAGUGUGGUGUCAAUGAUUUCACUUUUACCGAUCUGACCAAACCAACGCAUGAACGACUUGUUAAGAUAUUUUCCUACCUGAUCAACUUCGUUCGCUUCCGAGAAUCGCAAACCCCUGUUAUCGACGAACACUUCAACAAAACCGAAAAGACAAAAUCGCGCAUCGAUGAGCUACUCGCGGAAAAUCAGGAAAUGGAGCUCCGACUGAGCGAGAUGCGACAAGAUCUUCAAUCCAAUGAAGCGCACGUGAGGGAGAAAGUUUCGCGGAAUGAUGCGCUUAAGGCUCGGUUACUAGAGCUUGGCCGAGAGCAGUCACGGGUCGCAGAGACACUCGACCGAGUCAAGACAGAAAGAGCUCGUCGACAGCAACAGUUGGAGGAGAAGACAGAGCGAACCGUGCGCUCACGACAAGAAGCAGAGAAACUGCGACCUUACGUUCUUGAAUCACCAGCAACUCUUCAGUCAUCUUUAGCCGAGUUGUCUGAACAUCUGAUGCGCGAGAAGAGCUCCAUUGAUGUGAUGGAAAGACGAGCGCGGGCGCUCCAGACCUCCUCAGACACCUUUACCGUCGUUUCCAACGACGUGCAGGCUUGUGUCAAGCUACUGGAUGAUAUUGCAGCUGAGAUACAAAAGGAAGACGAGGAAGAAUCACGGGCUGCCAGGACAACGGAGGCUAUAUCUGAUAGGGGAAAUAGUGUUCGCGAAGUCGAGCAGACCGAGAAGCUCCUGCAGCGUCAAUUGGCGCGUUGGGUUGAGCGUAUCGAGGCACUUCAGAAGAAUGCGCAAGAGAAAGCGGAGGUUGCGCAGGCACGCAUGGAAGAGCUCCGCAACGUCCAGAAGCAUCUUCGCGAAGAGCGCGCUGAGAAGCAACGCGAUAUGGAGCGUAGGCGCAUUCGCAUUGAACAGACAGAGAAGAAGAUGGCCGACCUCAAAGAAAACAUCGAGAGCGAGAUUCAGUCAGCUCACGACCAGUAUCUGAAGCUGGAGUCACACAUCAAACUGUACAUGACAGAGAUGGAGAAGUCUCUGUGA